AAAUAUUAAAAAAAGCGAUAAUAAAAUAAUAUUAGUAUCCUGUAAUAAAAAAUAAAUAAAAAGAAAAUCACACCUUAACAAAAAAUAUAUCACACAUCUUACUAUACCAUAUAAAUAUAUAAAUAAAACACCAUAAAAUAAAAUAAAAUAAUGGGUUCAACAUCUCCAUCACCAGUUAAACUAUUUUUAAAUAGUUUUGAAGGAAGUAUAGAUUUAGCAGAAUCCAUAGAAGACUCACCACAAUUUAGAAAGCAAAUCAAAGAUACAGAAACAAGCAUUGAAGAGCUAACAAGCAAUAUUAAAAAGAUAUUAAAGAGUUCAAAACAAAGCUGCGAAUUAGGUAACGAAUAUAACUCAACAUUCAAAUCAUUUGUCGAUGAUCUUUUAAUUUAUAAAGGAGAAGCCUCAGUAAAAGAUGAAUUGUUAGAAAAAAGUAUGAUUAAAUUUUCAAAUUCAUUAAAGGAAAUUUGUAAUUUUAGAGAACUUUUACAUGAAGAGAUGAAUCAUUUAAUUUCAGAACCAUUACAAAAUUUUGCUGAAACAGAUUUAAAACAUGUUAAAGAACAGUAUAAGCGUUAUGAUAAAUACAGUCAACAACACGAAAUUUCAGCAAGUAAACUAGGGCAAAUAAAGAAAAAAAACUCUGUUAAAAUUGAAGAAUUAUCACAAGAAGCAAACGAAUCUUUAAAACUACGUGUCCAAUAUGGUUUAGAUUUAGUUGAAUCUAUGAAUCAAGUUCAAGCAAGAAGAAGAUUUGAAUUUUUAGAAUAUUUUUCAGUUUACCUUCAGGCACAAUCCACAUUCUUUCACCAAGGCUAUGAAUUAUUUAGGGAUUUAGAGCCACAUAUUAGAGUAUUUUCAAACUAUUUACAAGCCACAAGAAAAAACUUUGAAGAACAAAAAAGAAAACAAACAAUGCAAAAAGCCGAUUUAAUUGAAAAAACAUUUUUAAGCUCAUCACCAACAUCAGUUAGUAGUAGCCCAGUCAAUGGAGGUAUCAUAUUUACACCUAAUAGAACAUCUGAUACAAUGUCAAAAAGAGGAUAUUUAUUUAAACGAUCAGAAUAUAACUCCUAUACCAGAAAAUUCUUUUCAUUGGAAAAUGGUAAACUUUCAUACUAUAGAAGUGCCAACGAUACUGCACCAUCACAUACAUAUGAUUUAUUUUUAACUACAGUAAGAAUACGUGAAGAUUUAGAUAGAAGGUAUUGCUUCGAACUUUUAUCACCAGAUAGAUCAAUUAUUUUAGCUGCUGAAAAUUUAGAAAGUAUGCAAGAGUGGAUACAGGUUUUACAAAAUGCGACUGCAAAUUUAUUAAAUAAUUGUUCAAAAGACAACUCACCAAAUUGUAAUAAUAGUUUUUCAAAUAUAAUAAAUAAUAAUAAUAAUAAUAGCAAUAGUAAUAUUAAUAGCAAUAUAAGCAAUAAUAUAAAUAUAAAUAAUAAUAAUAAUAACAAUAGAAAUCGAAGUGGUACACCAUUAACUGGCGGUAAUUAUCCUCAAAAUUUAAAUUCAUCAUGGGGCUCAAAUGCCAGUUCAAAUGUAAAUUCAAUAAAUAACAGUGGAAGUAAUAUAGGUUUAAAUUGUAGUGGUAAUUCAAUCAAUAGUAAUAAUAGUAGUAUAAUUGAUGAAACCCCAUUAUCACUACUAAGAAGAAUUAAUGCAUCCAAUAGUUUUUGUGCAGAUUGUAAUGCAAAGGAUCCAGAUUGGGCCUCUAUUAAUUUUGGUAGUAUAGUUUGUAUAGAUUGCUCAGGAAUUCACAGAGGUUUAGGUGUCCAUAUUUCAAAAGUCCGUUCAUUAGUAUUAGAUAAAUGGGAACCAGAACUUUUAGGUAUGAUGAGAUGUAUAGGAAAUGAAAAAGUAAAUAAAAUAUUUGAAGAAAAAGUACCAAACGACCGUAAGAAACCCACACCAAACGAUUCAUUUGAAGUAAGAGCACGUUGGAUAAGAGAUAAAUACGAUAAAAGAAUUUUUGUAAACUAUUACGAAAGACCAAUAGAAGAGAUCAACUCAAUUCUUUAUCAUAUAUCAGGAGAAUCAAAUACAGGUUACAUUUUAGAACUAUUAGCAAAAGGAGCUGAUCCAAACUACAAAGACUCACACCAUCACAAUAGAACACCCCUUCACAAUGCAGUAUUCCAUAAUCAACCUCAAAAUGUUUGUUUAUUAAUCCAAAAUGGUGCCUUCACCGAUAUUCAAGAUGACCAUGGUGACACACCCCUUCAUGUCUCUGCCGAUAGUGGUUCCUCAAAUUGCUGUAUAUUAAUACUAAUGAAAUGUGUAAAAUUAUUAUCAAUUACAAACAAAUCUUCCCAAACCCCUUUGGAUUUAGCUGUUGACAAAGGUCAUGUUGGUUGUGUCGCUAUAUUACGUUUAGCUCAAUUACAAAAAGAUGAAGGAAAACAAAAUUUCGAUGAAGCAUUUGCAGAAGUUUUAAGAGGUUUCUCAAAAGAAAAAUAA